UGCAGCUCCAUCGGCUGAUCCUCGCUGUGCUUCCAGCUCCAGGCGGCACCGGGCGUCCCACGAUGCCGAAGAAUAAGAAGCGGAACACUCCCCACCGCGGCGGCGGCGCAGGAGCAGCGGCGGCGGCAGCAGGUGGCCAACACCGAAAUGUGCAGCCUUUUAGUGAUGAAGAUGCAUCAAUUGAAACAAUGAGCCAUUGCAGUGGUUUCAGCGAUCCUGCUAGCUUUGCUGAGGAUGGGCCAGAAGUCCUUGAUGAAGAAGGAACUCAGGAAGAUUUAGAAUACAAACUGAAGGGAUUCAUUGACCUAACAUUUGACAAGAGUGCGAAGACAAGACAGGCUGCUCUUGAAGGCCUUAAAAAUGCAAUGGCUUCUAAAAUUCUUUAUGAAUUUAUUCUGGAGAGACGAAUAACAUUAACAGACAGCAUUGAACGCUGCUUAAAAAAAGGAAAAAACGACGAACAGCGUGCAGCUGCAGCACUGGCAUGUAUUCUUUGUGUACAACUGGGGCCUGGAAUUGAAAGUGAAGAGGUUUUAAAGACUCUUGGACCUAUUCUAAAGAAAAUAAUUUGUGAUGGAACAGCUAGUGUCCAGGCUAGACAGGCUUGUGCAACUUGCUUUGGAGUUUGCAGUUUUAUUGCCACAGAUGACAUUACUGAGUUAUACUCAAAUAUGGAAUGUUUGGAAAAUAUCUUCACCAAGUCAUAUCACAAAGAGAAAGACACUAAUGGCAUCUGCAGCACCCCUAAUACAGUGCUUCAUAUCAGCUCUCUUUUAAUGUGGACAUUGUUGUUGACUAUCUGCCCAUUCAGUGAAGUGAACAAAAAGAUUGAGAUGCAUUUACACAAACUUCCAAGCCUGCUCUCUUGUGAUGAUGUAAACAUGAGAAUUGCUGCUGGUGAAACUUUGGCUCUUCUUUUUGAACUUUCAAGAGAAACUGAUAAUGAUUUUUAUUAUGAAGACAUGGAAUCUUUGACUCAGAAGCUCAGAGCUUUGGCUACUGAUGGGAAUAAACAUAGAGCCAAAGUUGACAAAAGGAAGCAGCGCUCUGUCUUCAGAGAUGUUCUGAGAGCUGUGGAGGAGCGUGAUUUCCCAACAGAAACUGUUAAAUUUGGACCUGAACGUAUGUAUAUUGAUUGCUGGGUCAAAAAGCAAACUUAUGACACUUUUAAAGAGAUUCUGGGAACAGGGAUGCAGUAUCAUCUUCAGUCAAAUGAAUUUCUUCGGAAUGUAUUUGAGCUUGGACCACCAGUGAUGCUUGAUGCUGCAGCUCUGAAAACAAUGAAAAUUUCUCGGUUUGAAAGGCAUUUAUAUAACUCUGCAGCAUUUAAAGCUCGAACAAAAGCUAGAAGUAAAUGCCGUGACAAGAGAGCAGAUGUUGGAGAAUUCUUCUAGAUUUCUGCUAUUUAAAGACAACUACUCAUUUCCUAAUUCAAGAUCUUUUCUAUAAUUUCCAAAGUAUUUAACAAUUUUUAUCAUGGGGGUGUGGGGCAGGGUGAACAUAUCUAACAGAUAAAUUUUGUAAUGGGGCCUAAAUUCCUUAUAACAUUUAUUAAUGCAGUAUUGCAAAUGAGUGUAAUUAUUGAAGCUUCUUUGUAUAUAGAAUUAGUAAACUUUUAAAUAAAGUUUUUAUAAUGUUUGAUCAGAAUCCAUUUAUGAAGCAGGGCAAAAAUUCUCAUAGUUCACUCAGAUAAUUUCCUGAAUGAAAAAGGCAUGUUAUAAAUUAUACAAGGUUAUGUAUAUCUUAGACUCUUUGAUUUCCAGAAAUGUUAAUUGGCUAUUACCAAUCCACAUUCUUACCCCUUAAGGUUUAUAAAUUUCUACCAUAAGGUAGAAAAACAGUGACCUAAUUUUGGAAGUUUCUUCGUCUCUUAAAAAGCUGCUAUAUUUGCCCUUUAAAUGGAAGUUGAUAAUUGUAAUUGUUCAGUUGGCAGACUGGACUUGAAAGGAAUUUCAUUGCACAAUAUGUGCAAACUUUCAGCUACACAAAGAUAUUAGAUAGUGCUCUUAGUAUUAAUAAAAUGUUAUAUGCCAUAUCACUCAUUAAACUUAUCUUUAAAGGCAAUAACACUUACUUUAUUUCCUGUGUAAGACCAUGUGUUCAUUGCUUUAAAAUAAAGAUCUUUUUUCAUUAA